UCGAGUCGCUGACAGCUCGCGGACAGCAGCCACCGCUCGAACCUCCACGCCGGCUCCGGCCACCCAAGCUCUCCCCCACCAUCACCAUGGCUCAGGCUCCGGGCCGCGCCGCCUCCGCCUCCGCCUCCGCCUCCGCCGUGCGGCUCUUCGACGCCCACUGCCACCUGCAGGACCCCCGCAUCGCAGCGGCCGCCCCCUCGCUCAUUCGCGCCGCCACAGCCUCCGGCGUCGCCCGGUUCGCGGUCAACGGCACCUCCGAGAAAGACUGGCACCUGGUGAAGCAGAUGGCCCACGAGCACCCGGCCGUCGUCCCCUGCUUCGGCCUCCACCCAUGGUGGGUGCCGGAGAGGUCGCCCGAUUGGAUGGAUUCGCUCCGGCAGUUCUUCUCGGAGACCCCAGAGGCGGCUGUUGGAGAGACUGGUCUGGACAAGGGAUCGCAUGGAAAAACUAUUGACUUUGGAGAACAGGUUGAAGUAUUCCAACAGCAACUUGAACUUGCUAAGGAAUUGGAGAAACCUGUUUCUGUUCAUUGUGUACGUGCCUUCGGCGAUCUUCUGGAAAUACUAAAGCGUACUGGGCCUUUUCCAGCAGGUGCGCUGUUGCAUUCUUAUCUGGGGUCUGCGGAAAUGGUGCCUGACCUUGCAAAUUUAGGUUGUUACUUUUCGUUGUCUGGUUUCCUUACAGGCAUGAAAUCCACUAAGGCAAAGAAAAUGGUCAAAGCAAUACCCUUGGACAGAAUUCUGUUAGAGACAGAUGCACCAGAUGCAGUACCAAAGUUGGACAAUGUUUCUCCAGUCACAGUCCCUCUGGACACUUCAGAUGCGGAUACUGAAAAGUCUCACAGCGAUUCGACCUCUCAGGCGGCUGCCUCUUCAAACGAAUCCUUGAAUCAUCCAGCUAACAUCCACAUUGUUUUGAAGUAUGUGGCAUCGCUGCUUGAAAUGCCAGAAGCAGAACUCGCCGAGACGAGCUACAGGAACGCCACCAAACUGUUCUCCUACCCUGGAUCCAAGGUUCACCACGAAGCUGAAGCUGGGUGAUUUGGGGUGGGGCGGGUGGCCGUCGAACAUGAACCAUGCUCAUCGAAAUCCUGGUGCGUUCUGCCUGAUGUUGUCUGUAUACUGUAUGUAUGUUAUUGUAGUUGUAUAAUCGGUCUAAGACAAGGUAGGUAGCAGUCAAAAAGAAAUGAGAAAGCGGCUCAUAGCUGCUAUGUUGCCAAAUUAUUACUCUAGUUUCUACGUACGUUGCAGUAUCAGUAUGUACCAUGUACUACUCACUCCGUUCCUAAAUACUACCUCUGUACCAUAUAA